ACGCUUUUCCCUUGAUCCGCCGUAAAGGACCGCUUUUCCCAAAAAUGCAACGGAACCUGACUCAGUCGAAAGAGGCCCUGCUGAAAUCGUACAACUCGCGGCUGAAGGAGGACAUACGGAGUAUGAGGGAGAACUUCGAGGAAAUCAUCCGACUGGCCAAGGGAGAGAACGAUACACAACUCUCGAAGAUCACGCAGUGCGAACAGGACACUUACGAAACGCAAGUCCGGGCGGCCAACAUCGUGCGAGCAGGCGAGUCUCUCAUGAAGCUCGUCUCGGACAUCAAACAGUAUCUUAUCCUGAACGACUUCCAUUCCGUUAACGAAGCGAUCUGCAGUAACUCGACGCUUUACCGGAACACUCAGAUCGACCGGGACCAUAAGCUGAUGGCCGUGCGCGAUGAUAUGGCGGCCGAUCUGUACGAUCUAGAGGAAGAGUACUACACGAGUAUAUACAAGUGAGCAGAGAAUGCAUUUAUUUCGUUUAAUAUAAGAUACACGUUCUCCAUCGCAAAGCGA